UGUGAAAGUCACGGUGUAAUAUCGUUGGCUUAACAUUUUCCACCAGUAGUUUUCUUAAAUAUUUGUUUAUAUUAAGUUCUGGACUUCGUAAUUGUUACAUAAUGAUGUUGUGAAAAGACAGCAAACAUCUUUGCGCCCCACUGUGCAUCACAGUUGUAAUUUUAACUGCAACAAUGACUACAACGAGUGGCAAUAAAGCAAAUGUAGCAAUGAACGUCGAGAAUUCUGUGAUCAAAGCAGGACAUUGAUGCACACUGCUGCUGAACCAUGGUGUCAACAUAAAUACUAUUUUAUAGUCUUUAAUCUGUGUUCUCUGAUGGGUUGUCAACUGCUACUCUUUAUUACUGUGUUUGGUUUGUUUCCCUUUUCUGUGAGUUGACUAUGAGAGUCAUUAAUUAUUUACCAACAGUAAUAAGCCAGGUAAAGCUGUGAUUUUGCCUCAUAUCAUUGCAGCCCUGAGUCUAGAAUGAUGAAACAAUGCUCAGCUUGUUUUCUGGAGAUUAUGAACUAUUCAGAGCGUAUAAUUGAUGCUCUCCAAGUUCAACAGCAGGAAGUGGAGUUGAAUUGUGCGGCAGCACUCCACAUAGUCGCUGAGUGUUUUUGAGAGCAGCGAGGAGGAUUCUGCCCCUUCUGUCUUCUGAAAACAGACACCAGUCCUGCCCAGCCAUGAAUCCACGGCUCACUGACCGACUGGCUUUAUUCCUGCUGUCGGACUAACAGGGAUGUUACAUGGAGCGUGCAUGCUGGAAACAAUGUCCGGAGGUUGUCGACGAUCCCUGGGCUGGUUAACUCACUGAAAAAUAUAUUGCCAUCGGAGUCCUGAAGAUGCAGCAAUGUUGUCCAUAAAACUCUUCGCCCUUGUUUGGCCUCCGAAAUCAAAGCACGGAUAACCGUCAACAGAGCAGGACUCGUGGACUUUCCAAACCCCCAACAGACGAUUCAGGCAGCAUGGGUGACGGGAGUUGGGUCUGUUUGAGCCCAGCAGAGUUCAGCCAGCUGCAGCAGUACAGCGAGUAUUCCACGAAAAAGCUCAAGGAUGUGCUGGAGGAGUUUCAUGGUGAAGGAGUAUUGUCAAAAUACAAUCCAGAGCAGCAACAGGAUGUUCUCAACAAACCGAUAGACUAUGAGGGCUUCCAGCUCUUCAUGACCACUUACCUGGAGAAUGACAUCCCAGAGGAACUGUGUCAGCAUCUUUUCACCUCCUUCAAGAGCAAGACUGGAGGAUGUUCUCCGGAUCAGUCUCGACCUGGGACCAGCUUGCUAGAAACGCGAUCCAUUGAUGCUGGUAUUUCUAUCCAGACUGAAGUGGCCUGUGCUCCCAUCACAGGGAUGAAUGGGAAGAGCAUCCUGUCUGCGAUGGGUCGUCACACACCUGAGCAGUCGGGGUUGAUGAGCAGCGCUGGUACAGGAGCGACAACCUCGCCUUGUUCAUCUCGCUCGUCAUCGCAGCGUUCUGGCGGUGGGGCCCACACUCCGGGGGGUGCCCAGCGUUCUCCUUGCACCCAAGCCAAAACCUCAGACAGCAGCAGCAAUGCUCUAACCCCCAACACUGGUCCUGCCAAAGCUCCUGUUCAACCCACAUUUUCGCCAGAGAAAAGUCGCUCAGAGAAACAUUUAUCACUGCGGAGGAGUCCCUCGCCACAGAAAGGAGCGCCCCUGCCGUCGCCUCAGGUGGUCUUUCUCAAGGAUAUAGUGUGCUAUCUGUCUCUGCUUGAGCGGGGAACGCCAGAGGACAAGCUGGAAUUCAUGUUCCGGCUCUAUGACACGGACGGCAACGGAGUCCUGGACAGCUCUGAGCUGGAUCGCAUUAUCAAUCAGAUGGUCCAUGUAGCGGAGUAUCUGGAGUGGGAUUCGACAGAGCUGCGACCGAUCCUGAAGGAGAUGAUGGAGGAAAUCGACUAUGACAGAGACGGGACUGUCACACUGGAGGAGUGGAUCAGGGGAGGACUCACAACCAUCCCUCUGCUGGUGCUGCUGGGAAUGGACAUGAAUGUUCAGGAGGAUGGACAGCACGCAUGGCGUCUGAAGCACUUCAAUAAACCAGCCUACUGUAACUACUGCCACACUAUGCUGCUCGGGGUCCGCAAGCAGGGUCUCUGCUGCUCCUUAUGCAAAUACACAGUUCAUGAACGCUGUGUGUCCAAAGACAUUGCUGCCUGUAUCAGCACCUACGCCAAGUCACGUCGACAUACCAAUGCUAUGCAGCAUGUUUGGAUUGAGGGGAAUUCGCCAACCAAGUGUGACCGAUGUCACCGAAGCAUCAAGUGCUAUCAGGGACUGACGGGUUUGCACUGUGUUUGGUGUCAGAUCUCUCUGCACAACAAGUGUGCGUCCAAUACCAAGCCUGAGUGUGACGGUGGUGCGUUGAAGGACCACACACUGUUGCCAUCGUACAUUUGCCCUGUAGUUCUGGAUCGUCAGUCAGUUGCCAAGCGAGGAGAAGGGGAAUCUCCACCCAGCGUCAGCCCGGACGACACAAACCAGAUUUUCAAAUUCACUCCUGGAGACGGUCAAGCGUUGCAGAUCAGCCCUCUUCCUGGUACUCACCCACUCCUGGUCCUGGUUAAUCCCAAAAGUGGUGGUAGACAAGGAGAACGGGUCUUGAGAAAGUUCAGAUACCUGCUUAACCCCCGGCAGGUGUACAGUCUGGAGCAGGGUGGGCCCAUGGUGAGACUCAACUUUUUCCACGAUGUUCCUGAUUUCCGGGUGCUGGCGUGCGGCGGUGAUGGCACUGUGGGCUGGAUACUAGACUGCAUAGAUAAGGCCAACUUUGCCAGGUACCCCCCUGUGGCCAUCCUUCCUCUGGGCACCGGGAAUGAUCUCGCUCGCUGCUUACGCUGGGGAGGAGGUUACGAGGGUGGCAGCUUGCUAAGGUUCCUGCGGGAUAUUGAACACAGCACUGAGGUGGUUCUCGACCGCUGGAAUAUUGACAUUGUCCCCGAUGACAAAGAGGAGAAGGGAGACCCGGUGCCCUACAACAUCGUCAAUAACUACUUCUCUAUUGGUGUGGACGCCUCCAUCGCCCACCGCUUUCAUCUGAUGCGUGAAAAACACCCAGAGAAGUUCAACAGCAGAAUGAAGAACAAACUUUGGUACUUCGAGUUCGGCACGACAGAAACGAUCUCUGCCACCUGCAAGAAACUGAACGAGUGCAUCGAGGUGGAGUGUGACGGAAUCAUCUUGGACCUCAGCAACACCUCCUUGGAAGGCAUCGCUGUCCUCAAUAUCCCCAGCAUGCACGGCGGUUCCAACCUGUGGGGUGAGACGAAGAAGAGGAGAAACUACAGCCGUAUGAGCAGGAAGGUCCCGGACAGAAUGCCGACGAGCACCGUGACAGACAUUAAGGAGCUCAAGUUCUGCAUGCAGGACUUCAGCGACCAGUUGUUGGAGGUCGUGGGCCUGGAGGGGGCAAUAGAGAUGGGCCAGAUCUACACAGGACUGAAGAGUGCUGGACGCAGACUUGCUCAGUGUGCUAAUGUCACAAUCAGGACGUCCCGGCGGCUGCCCAUGCAGAUUGAUGGCGAGCCAUGGAUGCAGCCCCCCUGCACGAUCCGGAUCACGCACAAGAACCAGGUGCCAAUGUUGCUGGGCCCGCCGCAGAAGACACCCUUUUUUUUCUUCAAGAAACACAACCGGAGCCGCGACUAGAACGUAUGCAUGCAUCCGCAUCACAGACACACUGAUCACAUCCUCAAGUGAACUCAUUCCUAAAGGACCUGGUGGAAGGACCUGGAGGACACCAACACUAUCCACAAGUGUGUGAACUUCACUCCCUGCCAAUGUUAACAAGAGCCAAAAAAAAAAAAAAAAAAGAACUCAGCCAUAUAUCAGAGCUGCACUGCCUGCUGAUGAGUCGGGGCUGUUUGCAGCCCUUUAAGGAGACAAGAGGAUGGUUGUAGACAUCUGAAGAGAGGAGAAAGAAGUAGAUCGCAGUCGUAGCAGGAACACCUGCAUGAAUAAUGCAGCCGUGGUUGCUUGUAAGAACGCUGGCUGCAGGCCGUCCCCGUGGGCCCGCCAGCAGAAUGGAAAAGCCUCAUUCAUUAUUGAGGUAUUUUGUUUAUGGGUUUAUGGCAGUGGGGCGUAACAGUCGCCUGGAAACACGCAGGGAUUUUAACCCUCAGCAUCAUCACUGGCCCACAAGAAUAUCCUCUCCAGCAGUUGGUUUAGGGACAAGCAGGUUGGCUGUCACUUGUCACGCUCAUUUCUCUCUGAAAGCUCAAGCUCAAGUGGCGCGCUUCAGCCUUAUCAUCAGCAUAUGAGGUCACUAGUCUGUUCACAUGGCUCAUUUCAAUGGAUCCACUCAGAUUAAAAAGUCCCAACGACAACAAUGCACACAUCAAACUAGAGACAAUUGAAACUGUGGCAGCUCUCACCAAUUAUUAUAGGAUCAUGAGAACCUCUUUCUGUUUGUUUCCCCCACUUUGUCAAAAGCAGUCCAAAAGGAGGUCUUAAAGCAUGAAGAUGUUUAUAAAUGAAAUCUGUUUCUGUCUCUACACCAGGAGAUAUUGUUGUGAAAUGUCAUUAUAAAACGUAUUUUGGAACAGCAAUGCCUCCCUCACUUUAAGAGGAUGACUAAACGCAUCCCUCUCCUUCCAUCUCCUGCUGUGACCUCCUAAUUUCGGCGCCAAAUGAUGUCCAGUGUGAAUCCCAAAGCUCGGCAGUGCUGACGCAGAGAUUUGUUUGAUGUGAAUGUAGCGGGAAGAAAAACGCUGAAAAAGAAAGCUUGUUGAGGAAUGUAUUUAUAUAUAUAUUACUGUAUCUAAAAUAUUACAUGUGCAGGCAGAUUAUAUGUAUAUUUCUGGAAAGUAGGUGUAGCUCACAUAUACUGUGCACACGAAUGUGUAUGAAUAUAUCAUCAUUGAUGUGGAGUUUUUAGCUUAGCUGAGCUCAGAUCAGUAUUCUUCACCACACAGUCGCCACGCAGAGGGAGAGGUCGCCAUCGCUGACGGUGGUGGUCGGCGAUCCACUCUUCUGCCUGAGCUCCACCUCCGUCUGUACCUCUGAAGGAAAAGGCAUCACAGUUGCAGAGAAAGACCAAAGAAAUCGGCUUCAUGGUCCAUGAGAUAUUCUGAAUCUGGGUCGGAGAAGUUGUUUAUGUAGGUGCUAAACAACAGUGCUGUUGUUUAAAAACACUUAAUUUAAAAAUUGUCUGAAAUCUUAGGAUUAAAAUAACUAUGUGCUUUGAUCAGUUUUAAAAAAAUGUGGUCCAGGUUUGAUAUGAAGUUUUUUUUAUGCUGCUCAAAAUAACUAUAAAAAUGAAAAAUGGUUCUAGAGAAGCUACUUCAGCCGGUCGCCAACCGGGACUGUUGAUCUAAUCAGUGACUUUUUUUAAAUGAUGUGCUUUUGAGUUGGUUUGAGGAAGAUUUGUGACAGAACACGCAGUGAAACAAGAUUAAACGUAGAUCCAAACCGGAGUGGGUGACUGUCCUCUCUGACGACAGUUUCGCUGUAUGACUAUUAAUUUGACUUGAAUAUUCUCAUAAACCAAAAUUGGAAGUGCUGAGUCCACUGUUUAAAACGGCACCAUAUUUCCUCAGGCUGAAGUUAAAUAUUGACGCUGGUGGUGUUAAAUAAAACCAAACAAUGAGGUCACGGUUGAGCCAAACCUCCUGGAGGUUUUCCCCCUCCCAGCCCACUUGCUGCCCCAGGUCCAAACAUUGAAGGCUUACUAUAUCUCACGGACCACGAAGUUUUCAAACCCGAUCCGAGCUAACAAACGCACACGUUAAAGCUCAGAGAGAAGAUUUGCGAUCAGACUUUCCGUGCCAACUUCGAAGAGCUCACCAAACGGGGUUGCACCCCGGUUCCCUUUAAGAGACAGUGAGUCAUCGCUCUUGCACCUGAAACUAGAUCCAUCCUGGUGUUUGCCCGCAGUCGGGGGCAACUGAGAUCCAUCACUUUAUACUUGUUGACCACACCGGGACUUGGCCCCUGUUGACCUUCCCCUGCGAUGGAGCGUGCCAAGAGAGCUCAGUGUGACAAGAGUGCAUGUUUACAGUCAUUUUGCAUUUAUAGAAAUAAAUACUGUUUUAGACAUCAACAGAACUGACUGUGUUUUUUUUUUUGUUUUUUUGUUUUUUUUUACAUCUUCAAAGAGGGAUGGACAGAACUCUUCUUCACUUGAAAUAAAAGAACUUGUUUUUCCUCUUCACAUCUCAGCUAGCCCAUUAGCAUUGCAGCAGCGGUGACAACAACAAGCACUCAAGUGGAGAUUAAGUCAAAAUUAAAGGCGUCAUAAAUAUAUUGGGUCUGUCAACCCAGUAGGUCGCUAUGUUUAUUUAAGAAUUAUCGCCUCCCUAGUUAGCAUCACUCGCUACUUGCUGGGCUCCUGAUUGGAUUAGCCGCGCUCGUCCACAUCUGUGCUCUGUUAAAACGACAAACCCCACCAUGAAAGAAGCGUUAUCCCCCAGGCUGAUGCGGCCUGUUGUCUUUGGACCCGAUGCCGUAUUGUUCGCUGGGACUAUUUGGGGCGCGGGAUGGUUCACGCCUGUUUGAUGCGGCUGCUGGCAGAUUUACAGGAAUAAACCACGUUGGCUGUGUGGAGUAAAUUUGGAGACAAAUGCUUCACUUGUUGCUGGAACAAGGCUGUUUUGUGUGUUUGACUUUGAGCUGCUUCAGAGCGGAGUUUGGAGAAAGUCUGUGACAGAGCACCCAUGGGAAACUUUUGGUCUGGGAAUAAACGGUUAAUUUUAAUAUUAGUCAGCUAAGUUUCAUGCUCAAUAAAGGUUUUGCAAAAAAAAAGAAAAAAAUUGUAUAAGACAGUACUUAAUUUAUCUUGUAUACAAACAUACUGGGCGUGUUUUGUCAUACCAGGAGACUGCUGUGCUUGUCAAACCCCAGAACUGACACAUCUAUUGUCUAUAAUCCAUUGCCAGUUCAGUCAUUGACUUUUUUUUAAGUAGUAAAAAAUGUGUGCACAAUAAAGAUGAACACAUCCCCAUAGUGUCCACCUAAAAAAUACGGAGGUUUAAUUGCCUGUGUGUGUCUGUGCACUUGGUUUAGCUGUACUUGUGGGGACCAUCUAUUGGAAACACACCGAAAUGGGAGGACAGUUUUCCUUAGUGGGGACAUUUUUGCCUGUCCCCACAAAGAUAACUUCAAAGCACCUGAGUUGAAUUUUGGUUCAGAGUCCUGGUUAAGGUUAGCCAUUUGUUUUGGAAGUUAAGGGUUUGUAGAGCGAGACUGGGGAAACGUCAAUGAAAUGUCCCCACAAAGACAGCGGUACAGGUGUUUGUGUGUGUUCAUGUCAAUGUGAAUGAAUUGUCCAUCAUGUAGAAGCAGUUCUGUGAAUGAAAUUGUCGCAGUAAGACAUUUUGAAACGUGUUCUUUCGCCAGCACAGAAAGCGUGAGGCACGGUUACAGGGCACUCGAUCCCUCACCGUCCACUUGGACUGGCUGCCUGUAACUGAGUCGGGAAAAGUCGUCAGUUCGUCAAAUAAUUCGAUUUGCUAACUGGAUUUGUGGUGCGAUCACAUAUUGAAUUUGAGUCGGCCUCAGGGUCAGAUGACUGUCAGUCCAGAGAGGGUCAAGGGCAGAGACUCUCCCCACCCACACGCACUGUCCGGGACCUGAUUGGAUCAGAGGGAGGUCGAUGUCAUGAUGAACCUCUACAGUUCUGACGCUGGAAAAUGACCAAAUGUUUCCCUGGAGGCUGGAUUAGUUUCACUUGGUGACAAGAUAAUGCUACAUCCCUGAAAGUAUCAUUCAAAUAUAUAUAUAUAUAUAUAUAUAUAUAUA